CGAGGUUUAUAAAUAAAGCCGCGGCGGACGGCGGAGCGACCGGUAACGGCACAGAACGGGACGGCAGGGUAGGGCAGCAGGGUGACUGCGGAUCGGCAGACAUGACCACCACGACCACCUUCCAGGGCCUGGACUCCACGGGACGCAGCAGUUCCAGGGUGUUGCAGCCUCCAGGUGGUGGAUCCAGUAUCUCGUUCGGGGUGGAGGAAAAUGUCAAACCAGUGCAUUCCCGUCCAAGCAAAACUGCAUCCAAUAUCUUUGGGCCACCAUUGGAAAAUCAACCUGUGGCUAGAAGAAGCAACCCACCGGGUGGAAAAAGUAGUGGUAUCUUUGGGGCAGCUACCACUGAAACGCCUGAUCUAAAGCAACGGAGAAAUCCUCCUGGUGGCAAGACAAGUGGCAUCUUUGACACUGUGAAAACACCUCCCAAAACUCUGGAUAUCGCAACUGGGGAAGGUGAAAAUAGCCCAGGUUCCUCUGAAACUGAAAACCAAAUGGAAGCCCAGGGAAAGAGAGGAGAGUGUGUGCCCAGCCCAGUAGAGUCUGCUCAACCUGAAUCAUUAAGGCCCAAGAAAGUCCCACCUGGUGGAGUGUCUAGCCUUGUGCUGGGGUAAAUCCACUGUUCACCUCAUUAUCUCAGCUGCAGACUGAAUAAAUGUUGAUUUUAUUGUAAACUUAAAAUUUGAGCUUCACCAUUUUGUAUUGGCACUUUACAUUUGAAUGGUCCAUAGGUGCUCUAAACAUGAGGCCUGCUGGAAAAGGCACGCGUCAUUUAUUCCCUGUGAUGUAAAGUACUGAGUGUUUGUUUUUCUUGUGACUUCAGACUUAAUUCUGGCAUUUUGGACUUUGUAUUUGGAUGUGAUUUGU